CCUGCAGCCACUCACCUGGGAGCACCUGCCGUAUACCUGCCGCACAGGUAACCAGAUUCGGGGUAACUUAAACCGGCUAUGGCGGAUUCCCAGCUGCUGUGCUUGGACGAUGAGCAUGUCAACGAAAAGAUCCCGGAGACCAAACCGGAGUUUUACUACAGCGAGGAGCAGCGGGCCGCCCUGGAGCGGCUCCUGAAGAGCGGGGACGGAGCCUUCAAGAUGCGGCUGAAGGAGGACAACAUCAAAGACUUCCUCUCGGCCAGGGAGAUCAGGUCCCUCCGGAAAAUGUUCAACGAGUACGACACGGACAGUGACUCCGAGUCCGGGGACCAGGAGAAGUCUAAGGGGUCCUCCAGCGCGGACUCCGGGCUGCACUCCACAUACUGGCCCGAGAUGUCCGACACCGAGGUCCCGCCUCUGGACAUCGGCUGGCCGGGCAGCAGCGGCGUCUACAAGGGGGUGACCCGGGUGAGCGUGCACUCCCACCCGCCCAGGGGCCCCGGGCCGCACAUCAAGCAGGUGGUGAGGAGGCUCAUACAGGAGGCACACAAGGUGGUGGCCAUAGUGAUGGACCUGCUGACAGACCUGCAGAUCCUCCAGGACCUGCUGGAUGCCUCAUCACGGCGGGGGGUGGCUGUCUACGCUGUGCUGGAGGCCAGGGGAGUGCCCCACUUCCUGGAUAUGUGCACACGGCUGCAGAUUAAUGCAGUCCAUCUGCGGAAUCUCCGUGUGCGCAUGGUGAGAGGUUCAGGGCUGAACCUGUCGUUUGGAAAGCUGCCCGGGUCCCUGUGCUCCAAAUACAUGCUGGUGGACGGAGAGAAAGUCAUGUUUGGGUCUUACAGCUUUACCUGGACCUCCUCUCGGAUGGACAGGAACACGAUCACCGUGAUGUCGGGACAGAUUGUGGACUCCUUUGAUAAUGACUUUCGGGAGCUCUAUGCCGUGUCCGAGCUGGUGGACCUCUACCAGGAGUUCAACAUCACCAAGCCGCCAAUUUCUACGCCCAUCAGGAUGCCAAAGGUGGAGAGAAUCCAGCCAAUUCCUGUGUCCAUGUCUCGCUUUCAAGUAUCUGUCGGGGACUCUAGACAGGUAGACUUAAAGGUGCCUGCACAUAAAUAUCACAACCCUAAGUACUCUUUAGUUUUUGGGAACAGUACGGGCUUCACUGGUUCCCUACAAGACCUGUCGAGAGUCAGCGACUCGAUGGUUGGGGGGCCGAUCCAGAGGAACGGCCUGCAGAACGGCAUGCUUCAAAGCAGCAAGGACAAGGUGGACCCAGCCCCCCCCCAGAGUCCUGGUUCCCCUGCAGAGGACGUGGACGAGGAUGGAAAGGGAAGCUUGAAGAGAAACCAGCUUUUUGGAGCUAAGAAACAACGCAGCUCUUUCAGGCACUUCCUGAAAGGCAGAGGAGCCAAUCAGAGUUCAGAGACUAUAGAGGAAGGCGUGGUCACUCCUCAGAGCCAGUCCCCUGUCUGUAAGGUGCCAGAGCUAAAUGGCAAUGCAAAUACAAAUAAGAUGGAAGAUUCCUUUGAGAUUAUUGAGAAACCGGAUUUACCGAAACCCAAAAUCAAGAAGCCCUUAAAGACCCUUCAGAGAAGCAUGUCCCUGCAGACCAUCAACACAGGAGACGAAGACGGAACUAAAAGCCGCCGGCGGCAUCAAAAGAAGAAUUGCAUCCAGUCAUGAGAUGAAAAACAAGAGGUCAGUCAGAGUUAUGAGGAGCAGCAGAGGAUCUCCAGAUGAAACAGUAUGAGUCACAGUAUCUGCUUACCGUAACCAGGUGACACGACGCUCUCUGGCCUGGUAUACUGCAGGUGAAGUAAAGGAGAGGAGAGAGAGAUAUUGUAGCUCAACUAAUCAUGUGAGGAAAAAACUCCUCUCAGAGAAUCUAAACAUUGUUGCCAAAGUGCUAAUGGAGGGCGAUUUCAUUGCCUUUGUUUUUUUUUUUAAAUUAAAUUAUUCUACAGUUAAAGGGAUAGUUAAUUAUUUUUGAAGUAAGGUUUUUUGAUCUACUUAUCCACAGUCAUUGUACCUACAAUAGAUGGUGGUUGGCUUCAGGUUUGGAGAAACAGAUGGGAGCACCAGCUGAAAUCUAAGCAAUGUACUUCUUUGGACUGGGGUAGCAGCAAAACAUAUUUUAGACAACUAAACAAUUCAUAUCAGUUAAAUUGCAUACUAUAUUUAGAAUAAUUUAGCUGCUUUACCUUGCUGUCAGGUGGCCCUUUUCAGCAGGGUUCAGAAACUGUUAGAUUCAAAGCUACCAGACAUGGACAAAAAAGUUAAUUUGAACUUGCAAACCUUGUUGCUGAUCUACUGCUGCCUCGAUCAGUUAUUUUGUUGGUGUUUUUGUUUGACGAGGCAAAAACAACAGGAAGAGCAAAAUACUUGCGUACAAAUAUUUUGCAUAGAAAAUAUUCAUAAUGGCACCGAUUGCGACAGUGGUUUGACUUAGACUCAACUUAGAUUUGAUAGAAAAUGUUUUCAACUUGAAUUGACUGAAUUUGUUUGAAGAGUGGGCUUCUUAACACAUGAACACUGUGUAAUAUCUGUUUUCAUCUAUAUUUAAGAAGUGCAAUAUAAGACAAGCACAAGUUUCAUUUUUGGGCCAUACUCCAUUAUACUUUUUGAAUUUGCUGAGGGCCGAUUCAAAAUGGUCUGCGGGCCGCAUUUGGCCCCUGGGCCGUAGUUUGAACACCCCUGAUGUAGAGAUUGAGAUUUAAGAAAAACUUGGAGUGGUCUCUUGAAUUUUUCCAGAGCUGUAUUUAAAUAUAACAUUAUCAUUUUUAUUUUGUAAAAUAAUUUACAUUUUGUUUUACAACAAUUUCUUUCAUGGUGCAAAUGAAAAAAACCUAUGUGUUAAGGCCUUAAAAAUGUAAUACAGUGUGACUGUAGAUAAGUUCAUCGCUCCACCUCACUUCAAAACAUCCAACUAUCCCUUUAAGUGUUUUCUUAUAUGACAUGCAUGAACCUGGUCACCACAGAGCAGCCAAGGAUUAUCACACCUGGUUGCUAUGGAGACAGGAGAAGUGAUCAGAUGUGCUGUUUGUCACCGAGUGUUGCCUUUCGGACUGAGGAGCCUUAGUAACAGAAUAAGUGUUGAUCAGAGAGCAUCGUGCAGGCGGUGAAUGAUGUACGCUGUGUUGAGUUCAGCGGUGCAGACACACGCCUGCUCGGCUUCCUGCAGUGUGAGGACUUUGUUUGUUUACACUUUGCUUUUGUUCACUGGCAGAGACGAUAAUGUGAAUCCUUGAGGAACUAUUUGAGAAGCAAAUAAUCCUAAUUUUGUAGCAGAGAUUGAAUAAAAGACUUGAAAAAAAUGGUUUGUGUGUGAAUUAAGAUGCCAAGUCAGAUUCAAACGUGGGGAUAUCUUUCAAAGAAUGCCAAAUAAUGUAAUAAAAGCUUAAUCAGAUUGUUCAUUUGACCCAAUAUGACACAUUUCUAAGUUAUAUUCUGUUGCAUUACUUUAAGCUCUAAAUCCUGCUUAAUGGUCUCCCUGAAAAGAAAAUACUUUAGGUUUCUAUCGUGCAUUUUGCAAACUACACACAAGAAAAUGUUUCACUUUUAGUGCAU